AUGGCUCCUGGGUCUACUGCUAGCCUGUAUUCGCACAGUGGAAGUCAUCCUCCGAAAUCUCCGUCGCCUUCUGCUUCGCAGCAGCAGCAUCGCCGGGGGUACCAGGCUUGCGAUCCGUGCCGCAAGCGCAAGGUGAAAUGUGAUCUGGGCAGCGUCGAUAAUCCCCGUCCUCCUCCCUGCGUACGAUGUCGUCGCGAAAGCAAACGAUGCGAGUUCUCUGCCACCCGGCGCAAGCGCAAACCCUCCGAGGUAGACGAGAGCGUGGACGGAGUACUCCGACGGGAUAAACGGAUGAUGGUCGGGGAUACAGCGGAUGAUUCGUCCUCACGGAAUGUCUCUCCAUACCCGCAUGUCGAGCAGCAGCAGCCCACGUCGUUCGAUGCAGAGGCCGAUCAUUCUCCGCAGAAGUGGUCUGAGGGGCCUUCUACCACAACGGCUAGUCAGAGAUAUUCCCAGGUCAAUGCGCACAAUCAGCCGGCUGCGACUGCUACCGCGACUGCGGGGCAUUUUCAGGAUACUAAGAACCACCUCUGUCCACCUGUCUAUCCGAUCGGGGAGCGAGUUACUGGAGCGAGUUAUGGCCUUGAGGGAGGGCCGCCUAUGAUGAAUCGCACUGCUGUUGAAUUGUUAUCGCCUGCUAUCAGUAACAGCCAUGAUGCGCUACACCUUUUAUCUGAAGCAGCAGGGAGGACUGAGGAUCUGAAUCGUCAGAGUAUGGAGAACCGAUAUGCUGCUCGACAAUCGGCCUCAUCUUUCAGCUCGCCCAUAUCGCCCAUGACUCAGGGAGGAACGCCACGAAGUGCUGGGGGAUCAUUCUCGAGAACACCCCGGGCCGGGGCUAUGGGAAACUACUAUCAACCUGUUGCAUCUGGCCCCGUGGAUGCGCAGAUAUCUGGUGGUCGUGGGCAGGCUGAUGGUGCAGGCACAUUCCAGGACCCGGGGUUUGUGGAUGCUGUCAAGGCGUGGUCGCGGUUACGUUUCGUUCGUGCGGGAUGGCUUACGGUCGAAGAGGCGAUGGCUUAUGUGGCAUACUAUUACGAGCAUCUCGCCCCGCUGAGUCCAAUUGUCGUUCCCGACUUCUCUCAACCCUCGACUCAUCGUACACUACUCACUGAUGAGCCUGUGUUGGCCGUUACGAUGCUUACUACAGCUUCGCGGCAUAUGAAACCAAAAGGAGAUGGGUCGUAUACGCGCUCGUUUUACAUUCAUGACCGGCUCUGGUCGUAUCUUCGCGGUAUGAUCGAACGUCUUUUCUGGGGCCAGGAGAAGUUUGGUGGACAUGGCAUUGGCAGCGGGCCCCGGGCAUUUGAUUUCACUUCCGUGUCGAAAAUGAAUCAGAAGGGAAAUCUGCGAUCCCUAGGGACCGUGGAAGCCUUACUGUUGCUCACGGAUUGGCAUCCAAGAAACCUACACUUCCCACCUGGUGAUGACGAGAAUGCGCUGUUAGAUCUGGACGCUCAGGCCCAUAGUCGCUCCGACAGGGACUUUUUAGAAAACGAUGGCGAACCGAUCAACCGAACCUCGACUACCAACGCCGGCGAAGGACGACUCGCAUUCCAAACAUGGCUAGAGCCUGCCUGGCGCUCAGACCGGAUGUCCUGGAUGCUACUAAGCACAGCACAAGCCCUAGCCUUCGAACUCGGCGUAUUCGACCAAAAAAGCGAAUCCAAAAUCGCCAACGAAUCACCAAUAGAACAGACCCGAAAAAGACGCCUGCGCCGUCUAAUCCUCGUCUACAUCUCUCAGAGCAGUGGCCGUUUAGGAAUUCCAUCCAUGCUUCCACUUCCACAAUGGGCGAAUGACAUCCAGCCCACAUCGCCGGCAGACGCGAAGGGAGGGGAUACGAACAUUGACCGGAUGCAAGAUUCCUGGAUUGGGAUUUCGAAGAUCAUGUAUCAGGCGAAUCAGCUGUUGUUUGCGUCGAAUGAGCAGACAUCGGAGUUGAUUCGUAGUGGGCGGUAUCGGGAUCAGAUUGAUCGGUUCCAGCCGUUUUUCAGGGAGUGGAGGCAUAAUAUUGAUACGAUUAAGCUUGUUCCUGCAAUGCGGAAUAUUCUGAUGAUUGAGUACGAGUAUACUCGUGUGUAUGUGAAUUCCUUGGCCCUCCAAGCUGUGGUAGAUCGCUGGACAACAAUGUCGAACGAAGCUGCACAGAACCAAAAAGGACUUCCAACUGGUAACACAUGGUUCGGAGUCUUGAUGGAACUCUACCGCGUAAACGAGCAAUACAUCCAAGAAGUCGUGGACGCCUCGCGCCGGAUUCUCCAGAUCGUCCUCGAUGGACUCGUACCAGGAGACCAUCUCAAACACACACCAGUGCGAUCCUGCUUCCGAAUCCUCUCCGGCAUGAUCUUCAUCCUCAAGACAUUCACCCUCGGCGCAAAAGAAGACGACGUACGAGUAUCACUAGAUCUCCAAGACCGUGUCGUCGAAGCAAUGCGGACCUGCGUUGUCGACGACGUCCACCUGAACCAUGCCAUCUCCCGACUCCUAGAACUCCUCACAACAAGCAUCCGCACUCGCUUCCUGCGCUUCGCCCCGCUAGACCGCGCUGGUGAUGGCGAAGGCAGCCAGAACCAGAGCCAGAGCCAGAGCCAAGAACGUCCCUCAGCACCUAUCUCCCGCCAUCAAUCUCCACCACGCAGCCGCCGCGAGGGAUCUAGCAACGCCUGGCCUUCCACAAACCUAAACUUCAUGGAAUCUAACACCAGUACCGGUCCAAACACAACCAUGUCCUCCCUCCACGACCCGCUAGCUGGUAUCCCAGCGCAACCAAUCAACUCCUCCAACAUCAAUGUCUCCUUCAUGCCCCCGCCACCCUCGGUGUACUACAACUACUACGACGCCGCCUCCGGUGAUCUCGAAGACUCGAAUAACGUCCCGCCACACUCGAUGCAUGAUAAUCCAAACGCAAACGCAAAUCCAAAUCCAAAUCCAAACGCAGCGCUACCAGAUUGGUUCGCUCUACCACUCGAUCAAUUCUUCAAUAGCUCGACCACGGUCGUUGAUCAGGGGUUGGGUGGAACGGGUCCGAUGCUGGGCGAGUUUGAUAUGUUGGAGGUGCUGCUUAAUGAGCAGCAUGAUGGGGGUGGAGAGGGUGUUGGUGUUGGUGUUGAUGUUGAUUCCGGGGGAGGGGAUGGGUUGGGAGGGACUUCGCAUUUGAUGCAGUCGUGA